UACUUCGACAAAAGCGUCAGAGGGGAUAUGGAUAUCACGGUGGUAGGUAUGGAUACGGUAGAGGAUAUUAUGGCGGACGAUAUGGUAGAGGUGGAUAUGGCCAUUACGGCGGUCAUCAUCACCACCACCACCAUCAUCACCACUAAUAGCCUGGUCGAGAUUUUUCUUCUACUAGUAGCUGCAUACAUGUGCAUAGACAACGAACAGACGAGCGGCUACCUACUAAUUAUCUUUGGCAAUGCUCUUUCGUCUAACAACAUGGCCGCAAUAAGAAAAAAGUUGGUGAUUGUUGGCGACGGAGCAUGCGGCAAAACUUGCCUUCUGAUAGUAUUUAGUAAAGAUCAGUUUCCGGAUGUUUACGUUCCGACUGUUUUUGAAAACUACGUUGCUGACAUUGAAGUCGAUGGAAAACAGGUAUUUAAAAGUUUUACUAUAUUUAUCUAUAAUAAACUGCUCUUUCUGUCUGUUUCUCUGUCCUAUACGUGAUA